AUGGAAGAAAGUGAUGAAUCCGAUCAGCCUGUCUCAGCAGGGAGGCAAGAAAUUCGAAAGAGAAGACGACCCAGCCAGUCAAUGGUAGAUAAAUCCCAGCAGACUGAAGUGACAGAGAAAAAGAAACACUUGUCUACACCACAAUCUUCUGGCCCCAAAGCUACCCUUAGUAUUGGUAAUAUUCCUGGAAGCAAAUUCAACUAUGAAUGUCAUAGAGUAUCUUCUCAACUUCAGCAGACUUGGACGAAGAGAAAGCAUGUACAUGAUAUGACUGAUAAAUCUCUGCAGACAGAAACUACUGCAGAAGAGAAAAAAGAAAUCAAGUCAGUUUGUGAAACUGUGAUACCUGAAGAAAAGCCAGCUGCUGUUGGAGAAGCAGCCUCUGAAUUUCCAGAGAGUGUUCAAGAAGUAGAAAUUCUACCAAGCGGACACUCAGUUCAACUCAAAACAGACAGAUCUCAGCAGACCAGUUGUACUGGAGACUGGACAAUGAUGAACAUUCCUCAAACAGUAGACAAGGAACAGCAGACAUGCUUUAGUGAGUCAGAAAUAGUGGUUAUUGCCUGGCCAAGUAAUUCUUUUUCAAAGUCAAAGCAAGGUGCACAGAAACGCAAAUCCUCAGGGAAGAUUUUUGUUAGUGAACAUACUGAAUCUCAACCCACAACAAGUAGUAAUGAAGAAAUUAGGCUGCAAAGUAUUAACAGAGCUUUAUUUAUUCCACCAACCAAAAAUGAUGCUCCAUUACCUUUAGAAGAUGAGAAAGGUGUUCCGGUUGAAGCACAGCCUCCUGCUGCAGAAGAGACCUCUGCUGAAGUGCAACUUCCACUAGCUGAGGAGAUUAGUAUAGAAGAGGUUACUGCUAAAGUUCAGCCUCCACCAGCUGAAGAGGCUCCUCUUGAAGUACAGUCUUCCCCAAAUGAAGAGGCUCCUGGAGCUGAGGCCCCUGCUAAAGUAGAGCCUAUACCAGCUGAAGAGGCUUUUUCAGAAGAGCCUCCUGUUGAAGUUCAGCCUCUAGCAGCUGAAGAGCCUCCUGUUGAAAUACAGCCUUACCCAGCAGAAGAAGCUCCUGGAGAUGAGGGCCCUGCUAGAGUAGAGCCCACCUCAGCUGAAGAGACUCUUUUAAAAGAGGCUCCAGCUGAAGCUGAGCCUCCACCAGCUGAGGUGGCCCAUGCUGAACUUCAUACUUCACCAGCUAAGAAGUCCCCUGCACAAGAGGUCCCAGAAGUUCAGUCUCCAACAGCUGAGGAGGCCCCUGGGGAAGAGGCCUCCACCAAAGUUCAGUCUCCACCAGCUGAGGAUGCCCUUGCAGAAGAAGCCCCAGAAGUUCAGUCUCCACCAGCUGAGGAGGCCCCUGCAGAGGAGGCCUCUGCCAACAUUCAGUCUCCACCUGCUGAGGAGGCACCUGUGGAAGAGGUCCCAGAAGCUCAGUCUCCACCAGCUGAGCAGGUCCCUCCAGAAGAGGCCUCUGCCAAUGUUCAGUCUCCACCUGCUGAGGAGACCCCUGCCGAAGAGGCCUCUGCCAAUGUUCAGUCUCCACCAGGUGAGGAGGCCCUUGCAGAAGAGUCUGCAGCUGAACUUCAACCUCUGCCAGCUGAAGAGGCUUCUGCAGAGGAAGCCGUUGCUGAACUUCAGCCUCUGCCAACUGAAGAAACUACUUCAGAAAUGGUCUCUGUUGACAAACAGUCUUUACUAGCUAAAGAGUCCUUUAUUACACAAAUCUCUAUAAAAGAAACCUCUGCCGAAGUUCUGCUUCCACCAUCUGAGCAAACCCCUGCAGAUGAGGCUCUGGUAGAGAAUGUGUCUACGAUAUAUGAGUCUCCCCAGGCAGCAGACGUCCCGGUGGUAAAAUUAGAAUCAGGGGUUUUGGAAGAUAAGCCAGAAUCUGAAGAGCCUUUAGAACAGCAUACUGUUCCUGAAGAUUCAUCUGAUACCAAGAAUGAAGAGAUUUCUAUUAAAAUAGAGGGUGUCCUCCAUAUAGAACUGCAACAGGAGCCUCCUCCUCAGCUGCAGUCAGGUCUUAAAUAA